ACCUGCAGCCAAAUGUCAGUUACGCUUAGCCCGUCUGCCGCAGAACAUGGGUCACAUUUUAAAAAGUGUUUGGCUGUGCGCUUUGCUGGCAGGCGUUACAGUUGCUUCAGGAGGAGGCGCACAUAAAGGCGUGUCAACUGGAAGCGGGAGUUCAAUCGGUAGCUUCGUACGCCAAGGUCAAGGAGGAGAUAUCCAUUCGGAGGACUUCGGUCAAGGCGCAGUUGGUGGAAAUUUUGGAGGCAGUGAUUCUGAUGGAUCGUUUGGUGGUGGCUUUAUUAAAGGGGAUGGAGGUGGCCUUGGUGGCAAAGGAGGUGAUGUAGGUGGCUUAAGUGAGAGUGUAGGUAAAGAGGGUGUUAGUGCCUCCGGUGAUGGUGCUGGUAAAGGAGAUGCGGGAGGCUUCGGUGAUGGUGUUGGUAAAGGGGGUGGUGGUGGUGGCAUCGGUGAUGGUGUUGGUAAAGGAGGUGGUGGUGGCAUCGGUGAUGGUGUUGGUAAAGGGGGAGUAGGUAGCGUCGGUGAUGGUGCUGGUAAAGGAGAUGAAGGUGGCAAAGAGGGAGGAGGUGGCUUCCAUGAUGGUGUUGGUGAAGGAGAUGCAGGUGCCUUCGGAGAUGUUGUUGCUGAUAAAGAGGGUGUAGGAGGCUUCAGUGAUGGUGUUGGUAAAGGAGGAGGAGGUGGCUUCCAUGAUGGUGUUGGUGAAGGAGAUGCAGAUGCCUUCGGAGAUGGUGCUGAUAAAGAGGGUGUAGGUGGCUUCGGUGAUGGUGUUGGUAAAGGGGGAGGAGGUGGCUUCCAUGAUAGUGUUGGUAAAGGAGAUGCAGGUGGCUUUGAUGAUGGUGUUGGUAAAGGAGGUGUAGGUAGCUUCGGUGGCGGUGUUGUUAAAGGGGGAGUAGGUGGCUUCGAUGAUGGUGUUGGUAAAGGAGAUGCAGGUGGCUUUGGUGAUGGUGCUGAGAAAGGUGGUGCAGGUGGCUUCGGUGAUGGUCUUGGUAAAGGGGGUGUAGGGGGCUUCGGUGAUGGUGUUGGUAAAGAGGGAGGAGGUGGCUUCGGUGAUGGUGCUGAUAAAGGUGGUGCAGGUGGCUUCGGUAAUGGUGUUGGUAAAGAGGGAGGAGGUGGCUUCGGUGAUGGUGCUGAUAAAGGUGGUGCAGGUGGCUUCAGUGAUGGUGUUGGUAAAGAGGGAGGAGGUGGCUUCGGUGAUGGUGCUGAUAAAGGUGGUGUAGGUGGCUUCGGUGAUGGUGUUGGUAAAGGGGGUGUAGGUGGCUUCGGUGAUGGUGCUGGUAAAGGGGUAGGAGGCGCCUUCAAUGAUGGUGUUGGUAAAGGAGAUGCAGGUGGUCUUGGUGAUGGUGUUGGUAUAGGGGCUGAAGGUGGCUUCGAUGACGGUGCUGAUAAAGAGGGUGCAGGUGGCUUCGGUGACGGUGUUAGAAAAGAAGGAAUAGGUGGCUUCGGUGAUGUUGUUGGUACAGGAGAUGCAGGUGUCUUCGGUGAUGGUGUUGAUAGAGGGGGUGUAGGUGGCUUCGGAAAUGGUCCUGGUAAAGUGGGUGUAGGUGGCUUCGGUAAUGAUGUUAAAGGGGGUGUACAUGGCUUCGGUGAUGGUGUUGUGAAAGGAGAUAUAGGUGGCUUUGGUGGUGGUGGUGUUGACAAAGGGAGUGUAAGUGGCGCCGGUUAUGGUGUUGGUAGAGGAGGUUUGGGGAAUCUUGGUAAUCGUGUUGGUAAAGGGGGUAGUAAAGGGGUUAUCACCAAAGGAAUAGGCGGUGAAAUAACUAGCGCAUUCGCAGGAGUAGGUAACGAGUUCAGCACUGUGGGCUUCAUUCACGGCAUUAGAGACUUCAGUGUUGGUGGAAAUUUCUUUGGAGGAAGAAGUUUUGGUGGCAGUGCAGUUAACGGUGGUUUUGGGAUCGGUGACACAACAGAAUUUCGUGAUGCAGCUGGCGGAUUUGGUCAUGUAGAUGGAGGUAGUUUCUUGGGGCCAAAGAUUCAUUUAGGAGUGGGUGAAAGUAUUCAAGGACUUGGAUUUGGAGGAGGAGUCAUCGGUGAAGGGUCUCGAGGAAGCUCUGGUUUAGGCUUCAAUGGCGGCCAAGCAUUUGUCGGCCAAUCUAGUUUCUCUGGAGGACUUGGAGGAGUCGAACUAGGAGGAAGUUUUGACGAUUCCGGGACCUUUGAAAGAGGUGCAGUAGGUGGAUUUAGCAGACCCAGAGUUACUGGUGGAUUUGAAGACAUCGGCUUUUCUGAUGGAUUAGGAGGGCACACAGUUUCUAGUGGCUUGAGAGGACUAAGUGCUUCUGGUGGGCUUGGAGGAAUUGGAGUAACGAGUGGAUUUGGAAGACAUGAAAUCUCCGAUGGAUUUGGAGGACAUGGAGUUGUCGGUGGAUUUGGAAGAAAUGGAAUUUCUGGUGGAUUUAGAGGAGAUGGAGCUGUCGGUGGAUUUGGAGGACUUAGAAUUUCUAGCGGAUUUGGAGACCUCGUAACGACCAGUGGAUUUAGUCAUGGAAGCUUUGAUGGGUCUUCUACUGGACAUGGAACCGGAUCAAAACGAGGCCUUGAGAUCGUUCGUGGAGUUCCGAUUCGUCUGAAUGGAGAUGGUCUAGGUCACGACGGUCUUUUUAGACACGAGCUAGGAGCUAAGGAUGGAUUUGGCUUCUCCGCGAACUUUGGAGGUACAAGUGGAUUUGGAGAUAAUGAUUUCGAGAUUCCUCAAGGACUUGGAGGAAACUUGGGAACACUGUCGGGACGAUUUAGUAACAACUUUGGCGCUUUCUCUGGAAACUAUCGCUGAAACAAUGUCGAGGUUGAGGUUACGAAUCUACGAAUGAAGAUGUGUUGAAUGUUACGAGAAUGGACAUCGAAAUCAACGCUUUCUUAUGGACCGUGAUUGUUUUUCUGUUUUUAUUUUAUUUCCAAAAUAAGGGAACUAGAGAAACUAUCAAACGUUAUAUUUUGUAUUUUUCUCAAGUUAACGAUUCCGCAGUGGACAUUAGGAAGAAAAGCUGAAAAGGUAAUUAUACCUGGACUGCAAUUUAACUAGAAUUUUGUUAGCAAUUUAACCCUGCUUUUUGAUAUUAUUUGCAUAGAUAAACGCUUGAAUUUUUUUAUCUACCGCCAGUUUAGAUGUGUGAAAUACCAGUGAUUAUUUUUCGGCUGAAAAUCUCUUAUUGUGAAUCUCGAUUAUGGGUAUGAAACUCGAAGUAAAUUGCCCUUGUAAAGUCUAUAUUGUAAAAAGUCCAAGAUCCACUCAAGUUUAUUGUAAAUAUUCAUGAAUGCUUUUUUUCAACACGCAACCCAACAUACGUCGCAGGUCAGAUAUGCCAAAGAUAUCACGGUAAUCCAGUUUUUCACUACGUUUUUUUAACUUUAACCAACCGAACGGCCAACUCGUACGAUGUACAAAGCUUUCUACUAUUUGAUAAAAUAUUUGUCCCACAUCAUACAAUAUGCAUUUCAGCGGAUACUAUCGACACGAAUCGGACGAAAUGUAUUUUAAAAAUAUUCUUGAUUGAACAUUGACUUGUCAGCCUAAUUUCGUUCACAUUGAUGAGGACGAUGAAAUAAAAAUUUAAUAUUAUUUCUAAAUAAACAAAUUUCUUAGAAGGCUUCGUGAACUGAUUUCAACUCGUUGCAAUAAAUAAUGAUACCGAACAGAUGUCACGCUAGAGAAGCCUUAUUUGUAUUUUUUGAUGCUGCACUCCGUUAGAUGAACCUCCUCUUGAUAAACCUCAGUAAAAUCAUUGGUCAUUUAAUAACAAUCUUAUACCUCGCUGCUUCUCAUCGUAAAUGAUAGCAAUCUCGGUGCAAGUAUCAACAAAUUAAACUGAAGAUUUAUUUCCCUCGUUUAACGGAAUAAAAUUCUGAUCACAAGCAUCGAAAAAUUGUAACUUCGCAUUAAGAAAUAUCAAAUAUGUCAGCAAAGGAUGCUUAAAGUCCCAACCUAGCAUUUUAGAUGAGUCAGGCGGAAAGUCAUGUAUAAGCGACUGACGACUGACGAAUAAUCAACUGAAUCAUUAAACGACGCACCACUGGUCAAUGCAAUAAGGUAAAAAUUAAUGCAUGAACUCGCAUCGUAUAGUUCGUAUACAAUUAAAAGUUUGCUAAUUGUACGCAUUUCCAAUUAUUUGCGAUUACAGAUACUCUCACUGUCUUCGCAAAUGCAUGUAAUUUUAAAAGCUGAAAUCUAAAUUUAAUAUAUUCAUGAAUAUUUGUACGAGUAUGUACGUGAUCGUUUAAUUACAUUGUUAUUCAAAAUUUCAACUCUCCGCUGGUGAGCGUGCAAACGUGGCACGUCAGGCGCGAAAAUUUUUCAUUUCUGUCCCCAUUCUUUUUGUUUCCAGAUACCCGUCAGACAUAAGAAUGGGUAUCAAAUGAUAAUUUCAGAAGCCCGUCAACAACAAUAAACGUCCCGGUGACCUGCAGACCGAAGCUGUGGUCCAAGUGCAAAAACAAAUGGUGCGGCUGAUAGCUUGGGAGUCGUUGUAAGAAGAGUUGUGAGAGGAACUGAAGGAAAGCGUAGCUUAGACUCAAGGUGGACGGUAAACUAGAGUCUACAGAUUAUAUGCACAUGUAGUAUAUAAUUAAAACAAACAAAUCUAUACAUAUCUUCUCGCGAACCUUACUGAGAUGUUUAACAUAAUAUUUCAGUACUUCUGUUGUGGCCGUGAAAAUGGAGGUGAAGAAAAUGUGGUCUUGCUGAAAUUCAGGUGUCAAAGGCAGUAAAUGAUCGAAAAUUAAUUAUUGAAAUAUCCUUGAUGGUUCGACAAAAACAAUAUCUUUUGUUAAUAAAUUUAAUUCGUUAAUACUGUA